GUUCCUCCGCGCCCCCCCUCCCCGGGACCCCGAGGCGUUGCUCCCUAUCUUCACACCUCCUUGACCAUGACCACCAUCCCAGACUGGAAGCUACAGCUGUUAGCCCGGCGCCGGCAGGAGGAGGCAGUGGUUCGUGGUAGAGAGAAGGCUGAGCGGGACCGCCUGUCCCAAAUGCCCGCCUGGAAGCGGGGACUCCUGGAGCGCCGCAGGGCCAAGCUUGGUCUGUCCCCUGAGCCUGGCCCUGCACCUGGAACUGCCGAGGCUGGACCUCCAGACCCAGAUGAGUCUGCCGUUCUCCUGGAGGCCAUUGGGCCAGUGCACCAGAACCGAUUCAUACGGCAAGAACGACAGCAGCAACAGCAACGGAAUGAAGAGCUGCUGGCCGAGAGAAAGACUGGGCCUCUGGAGGCCCGGGAACGAAGAUCCAGCCCUGGGGAUUCAAGAGAUCAGAGCCCCAAAGGAAGAGAGUCAAGAGAAGAGAAACUAAGUCUAAAGGAGGCCCGAGAGAGGAGGUUGGGAAUAGGGGGAGCCCAAGAGUCAAGCCCUAGACCUUUGGAGAGUGGAGACUGGAGGCCAAGCCCGGGAGAGAUGGGAGACCGGAACUCAAGGUUGUCAGAGACUCAGAAAUGGAGGCUGAGCCCUGGAGAAACUCCAGAGCAGAGUCUGAGACUGACAGAGCCUAGAGAUCAAAGUCCCAAGAGAAAAGAGAUGACAGAAAAUAGACUGAGCCCAGGGGAGUCUGGCAACCCGAAGUUGGCCUUGACAGAGGCCCAUCUGUGGAGGCCUGACUCUAGAGAGUCUCAGGAACAGAGCUCAGUACCACUGGAAUCAUCCGAGUGGAGGCUGAGCGUGAGAGAAGAAAGGAAAGGCUGUUUGGAGGAAUGUGGGAGAAAAGAAGAGAGGCUGAGUCCAGGGAUGGCCCCAGAAGAGACUACGAGGCUGCCAGGGACCUUCACUCAAGAGACUCAAGACAUCUCCAGGGCAGUGGAGACGGCAGAACAGAGGCCCAGCCCUGUGGAGGAUGGGGAGAGGGGCUCCAGGACAACAGAAGGGCGGAAAUGGACGUUGAACUCAGGGAAGGCUAGAGAAUGGACACCCAGGGACAUAGAGAUUCAGCCUCAGAAACCAGAGACUCCGGAGUCUGUAGACAAGCGUCUGGGGCCUCCUGGUAUGGAAGCUGGAGAAGGAGAGGCCGAAAAGGAGGAGGCUGGGGCUCAGAGCAGGCCUCUGAGAACCCAGCAGACCCCAUGCCCUGCAGAACCCUCCGCCCUCCCAGCAGAGGAUGCCGGGACUGGAGGCUCUAGACAACAGGAAGAGGAAGCAGCACAGCACCAGCCCCCACCACCAGCCCCUUUCUCUCCCCCACCCCCAGCCCCAACUGCCCCCCAGCCCUCUGGGGAUCCCCUCAUGAGCCGACUGUUCUAUGGAGUGAAGGCAGGGCCAGGGGUAGGGGCCCCCCGCCGCAGUGGACACACCUUCACAGUCAACCCCCGGAGGUCUAUGCCCCCUGCGAGCCCAGCCACGCCAGCCCCAGCUGAUGCUGCAGCCCCUGGAGCUGGGAAAAAGCGGUACCCGACUGCUGAAGAGAUCUUGGUUCUUGGGGGCUACCUCCGUCUCAGCCGCAGCUGCCUUGUCAAGGGGUCCCCUGAAAGACACCAUAAACAGCUCAAGAUCUCCUUCAGUGAGACGGCUCUGGAGACCACCUACCAAUACCCCUCGGAGAGUUCGGUACUGGAGGAGCUGGGCCCGGAGCCCGAGCCCCCCAGUUCCUCCAACCCCCCAGAGGCCCAGCCUGACGAUGAAGAGGAUGAGGAGGAACUGCUGCUGCUGCAGCGGGAGCUCCAAGGUGGGCUGCGCACCAAGGCCCUAAUUGUGGAUGAGUCCUGCCGGCGGUGACCCAUCUUCCAACCAUGGGGACAUACCUCACUCCUUUCCCCCAACUGAGGAUCCUGGAGCCCAGACAAUUCAGAGCAGACAGACCCUGAAAAUGAGCCUGGCAAGAGACGGGCAGCCAACAUCUUCCAGCUUGCUAUUUCCCUUCCAUUUCUGGAAGCAAAGCCAACUGUCCAAUUUCCCACUUACCCCAAGGUCCCUGGUGGGGUCAGGCAGGCUGGAGUGUCCCUGGGAGGUCCAAGAGUGAGCACCAAGAACUCAGUUGGGGUGGAGAUGGGGGGCACUCCUCCUCACACCGUUCUUUGACGCCUUAGCAUUCACUGGGGGGCCCCCCAGGAUCUAAGCACUCAUCACUCUGGAAGGCCUAAAUCCUACUGCAGUUACAAGUACAUCUCCCUAUCCUCACCACUCCUUCCCUAGGUCACCACCCUUUUGUUUACAGCUCCUGCCUCUUGACCACAGCCUGGUUUACAAAUCCCACCAUCUCCCAGCCCCACUAGCCAAAGUCCCAGGUUUACAAGCCACGCCCACUUGUCAGCCAUGUGCCUGGGAUCCUCUCCCUUCUCCCUUCCGUUUGUCUCUGAGAGUCACUUGGUGGCUUCCUCCACCGUUGUUCAGUAUUACUGUGUCUCAGUUUUCCCCAAGAGAGAAGGCUGGGAAUCCUAACUUUGUAUCCCCAUGAGUUAUUUAAUUCUGUUCUUCUUAAUGGUUCACAACUGAAACGAACUACAGUUGUGUGGAAGGACUACUCACUGCCCCCCCUCCAACCCCGUUGCGCCUUCUUGCCUGUUGUUGUUUUUUUAACUUUCCAUAAUAAAAUGGAGCUUGUUCCAA